UUGUUUAUAUAAUAAGGUUUUGUUAUUGCUUAUACAAUUUGAAAAUGCUUUCAAGAUUCUGUCCGCUUGUUUAUAGAGCAACAUGCUCUACCUUGUUCCGUUUACAACCCGUAAUUAAAUGUAAUCUGCCAAGUGUGCAGAGCCUUUCGUUUGAAGCAACAAAACGCUUUUGCAGUAACAACAAGACUGGGACCAUUGGCAUAGUAGAUUAUAGCGUUGUCAAGGAAAUUCAAAAUCAUCCAGAAAAGCUGCUCAUAGAUGUGCGUGAUCCUGACGAGCUUAAGGAGACUGGUCAAAUUCCUUCGAGUAUAAACAUUCCGGUGGCUGAUGUUGGCAAGGAGCUAUGUAUCAGCGACAAACAAUUUCGCUUAAAAUAUGGACGUGAGAAGCCAAAUGCAAACACAGAGAUUAUAUUCCACUGCAAGAUAGGCAGACGCAGCUUAAAAGCCGCGGAGGCUGCCUCUGCUCUUGGCUUCACCAAUGUGAAAAGUUACGAAGGCUCAUGGACAGACUGGGCCAAGCGUGAAGGACUGCCUAAAUAAAUACUCAAUCUCGGGAGUAUAAACACAUUAUUGUUUUUGAAUCUAAUUCAGUUGGCAUUAAUAUAAAUAAAAAACUUUUUAUUGGCACC